AUUCACGUCGUCGCUUGUACCAGCACGCCGCACCGCACCGCACCGCACCACAGCCCAGCCUUCCCCAAUUCCGGCCACACCCCAACGCCUCCGCCUCCGUCUCCCCCCUUCGCUUCCCGUGCAAGCUUCUCCGCCCGCAUCUCCCUCCUCCCUUCGCGCCGCACCCGCGCCGCAAUUUCUCCAACCCCCUUUCCACGCCCGCGUAGUCUAAUCCGCCGACCGUAUCAGUCAAUCUGUCCCCCCUUAUUCCGUGCGAGUCCUAUCGCCGGCCGUUCGAUUCGAGGGACUGAUCCGAUUGGUGUCGCCAGAUGGGUCGCGACGCCGAGGAGACCUCGCCGCCGGUGUCUUCGUCGGAAUUGGAGCAGGAGGAAGACGACGAGGAUUGCUACCUGAGCGAUCAGGAGGACGAUGCCCUAGAGGAGUCCGUCCUCCAGGUCCUCGAGGAUGAGCACCUCGAGGACUGCCAUUGGUCCGCCUCAUCCGUGAUCACCAAGGAAUCGCUCUUGGCGGCGCAGAGGGAGGAUCUUAGGAAGGUGAUGGAGCUGCUAGGGUUGAAGGAGCACCACGCCCGGACGCUGCUCAUCCACUACCGCUGGGACGUGGAGAGGAUUUUCGAGCUUCUUGAUCAGAAGGGCAGGGACAGGCUCUUCUCGGAGGCUGGUAUUCCUCUUCAGUACGCCAAUAAUGCCGGCCUACCCUCCUCGACGGAGGUGACCUGCAAUGUUUGCUAUGAGGAUGUGCUCCCCUCGGCCGCCUCCAAGAUGGACUGCGGUCACAACUACUGCAACGAUUGCUGGACUGGAUAUUUUAUUGUGAAAAUAAAUGAGGGUCAGAGCCGGCGUGUCAGGUGCAUGGCUCCAAAGUGCAAUGCUAUAUGUGAUGAGGCAAUAAUCCGGAAACUAGUCACUGCAAGGCGCCCAGAUAUCGCAGAACGCUUUGAAAGAUUUUUACUUGAAUCAUAUAUUGAGGAUAAUGAUACGGUAAAGUGGUGCCCAAGCACACCACAUUGUGGAAAUGCUAUCCGUGUCAAAGGUGAUAUUUGUUGUGAGGUGGAAUGCACAUGUGGAUGCCAGUUUUGUUUUAACUGUUCCUUACAAGCACACUCACCAUGUUCCUGCAUGAUGUGGGAGCUCUGGAUCAAGAAAUGCCGUGAUGAAUCAGAAACAGUGAAUUGGAUAACAGUAAACACUAAGCCCUGUCCCAAGUGUCACAAACCAGUGGAGAAGAAUGGUGGCUGCAACCUGGUUGCAUGUAUAUGUGGACAAGCAUUCUGUUGGUUAUGUGGUGGUGCUACUGGUAGAGAUCAUACAUGGUCAAGUAUUAAUGGCCACAGUUGUGGCCGGUUCACUGAAGAUCAGACUAAGAAGACAGAGCAAGCAAGGCGAGAUCUCUAUAGAUAUAUGCACUACCACAACAGAUACAAGGCUCACACCGAUUCUCUCAAGCAGGAAGCCAAGCUAAAGGGUGACAUCCAGGGGAAGAUUUCAAUUUCUGAAAAUAAGGAAUCCAAGAUAAAAGAUUACUCUUGGGUGAUAAAUGGACUAAAUAGGCUAUUCAGGUCAAGGCGUGUUCUAUCAUAUUCUUAUCCUUUUGCAUUCUACAUGUUUGGUGAUGAGAUUUUCAAGGAUGAGAUGACUCCUAAGGAAAGAGAAAUGAAACAGAACUUAUUUGAGGAUCAGCAGCAACAAUUAGAAUUCAAUGUUGAAAGACUAUCUGGUUUCCUUGAGAAGGAUUUUCAAAAUUUUACAGAUGAUGAGGUUAUGGAUACUAUGAAGCAUGUCAUAAAUCUUUCCAAUGUGGUAGAUAGGCUCUGCAAGCAAAUGUAUCAGUGCAUUGAGAAUGACUUGUUAUAUCCUCUCCGCACGCCUCACAACAUAGCUCCAUACAAAUCUAAGGGCCUCGAUAGGGCCUCAGAACUCCGUAUUUGUUGGGAUUCUGCUGAACAAAGUUCACACUCAGUGAAGUGUAGUAAGGAUGAACACAGGAGCCAACCUGGAUCAACUAUUCUGGGAAAGCGACCUAUUGUUCAGUUACAUGGGUCAAAUUCUGAUAACAGGGGGCGCCCCUCUCACAAGCGAGAGAGGGGAGAUGCUAAUGGUGGUGGUGCACUUUUUGAUCUCAAUGUGCCAGCUGAAGUGUCUGACAAGAUCUGAAUCUUUAAUAUCUGAUGGCAUAUUCCUUGCAACUUGUACAGCUGACCUGAGCUUCUUCAGCUACAUAAAGGAAAAAUACUGUUCUUUUUUGCUGCCUUACCGCCAUAGAGUGCCUUCAUUGCAAACUUUUUACCUUGAUGCUAGGAUCCCAAUAUAUAAGACUAGUUUUUUCGUGGUAUCCUGUAUAUCAUGGCAGGAUUUCAAGCCAAUGUUCAUAGUUCUGGUAGCUAGUUCUACUCCUCAAGCAAGAUGAGGGCAUUUUGGAAGAGAACAUUACCAUCCUUGUGUUGCCAAUUUCAAAUAUAAUGUAUGCAGCAUGGUGAAGGAACUGGUUUUUAACUCAUAUGUGGUGCUUGUUUCCUGGAAAUGGGUGAUUAUAGGACAA